UUAGUCGAGAGAUUCCAACACCUCAGGCGCCUACACGUACACAGCCGGCCGGGCGGGCGGGCGGGCGGGAGGGCAACCAACAUACCAACACAACACAACACAGUACAACACGCGCUCGUUAUUUGGUUAGUCCAUCAAUCGUUUGUGUGUCCACCCACUAUAGUGUGUGUCAGUCUGAGUGCGUCCUUACGGUGUAGUCUAGAGUGCCCCAGACGCUCGUGUGCUUUCCCAUCCCUGGCAGCAGCGCCGUGUCGAGGUCGACUAACACCACCCUCUUGCCCUCCCUCAUGAUGUUGCGCAGCGAAAUGUCGCAGUGAGUGAUCUGUCGUAGUGUGGCAACACACACCACCGGGUGUGCGUGGCUUGGCGUGGGUCGCUUGCCCACCCACCCAUUCAAUGGCAUGCAUAGUUACAUUGUGUUUGUGUAGGAGCUGGAGCCCCUUGAGGGCGCCCCUGGCAAUGUGCCGCGCGUCGUCCUCAUCCCGCCGAUGGGGAGUGCGGUCGCAGUGGCCGUCGCCAACGCAGUCCAUAAUGAUGUACACGUACUCGGGGUCCAUGUGGAUGGCGUCCGUCAU